AUGGUUACAGCAGAAGAGAUGCUUGAGGCAGAAUCUUAUCAGCCGCCAGCCAAGAGGAUGAAGAAUGAGAUCACUCAAGCAUGCCAAGAACGGGGCCUCGAUCCUAAUCUUGAGCAUGGCUGGGCCGCUUCACAUCAGCCCAAAACGGAUGAUUAUCAUGAACCUCUCGAAUUGCAGUCUGGCGAAUGUGUCCUCACACCUGUUUCCACUUGGAGGCACGCUACACAAGGACUUCCCGAUUGCGCAGAUCAAAUCGGCAGCAAGGAUCCUCCUACCAGAUGGAUGCAUCAUCAACCAUGCACAUACACAACCUGCCAAUCUCGACAUAUCUUCGGGAAGCGUUGCAUUAGAUCAAAGCAGCGAGCUACACCUGCCUUAACUCGCGCUGCAGUUUCGAACAUUGUCAUCACCAGCAGGGGAGCUCUCGUCAAUUCGGAGCUCAACCCCGAAAAGGCUCAGCGAGCCCGGGAACUGUACAGCAUUUUCCGAUACCAUCAGGAGAGGAACCUUGUCGUCCGCGUACAUUGCUGCUGGAAGUGUACUACAAUUGAACACGACGGUUGUCUCUGUGAGGUGGUACUCCCCUCCUCAAACGACACCUGCCUCCGCAAGAGCUGUGGAAUGAUCGGGCAUGACGCUGAGAAUUGCGAGUACCGUAUCUGUGGGAACUGUUUCGCCCAGGGUCACAGUUCCAACGAGUGUAAGGAGUCACUGAAGUGCGCUUACUGUCGAGAUGAUCAUUUCACUCUCGAUUGGCCUCCACGAGACUGGGACAAUGAUGAUCAAGGUGGCGAUCAGAAUUGCUUCAAGUGUCACCAACCCGGCCACCGCGCGGAUCAAUGCAUUCGAAUCGUCUGCAAGAACUGCGAUCAGGAGGGACAUGUCUUCAAGGACUGCCCUACCUUGACUUGCAAAAACUGUGGUGGGGAAGGACACAUGGCUCGUGAUUGCAGUCAGCGACGAUGCAACAGGUGUGGUGUACUCGGACACAAACGGAGUGAGUGCACCGAACUCAUUUGCAGGCAGUGCGGUCAACCUGGAUAUACCCGAAAGGACUGCCCACAACGUCAACAAGUCGUUUGCGAGACAUGCCAAGGUCCCCAUCCGACCUCCAAGUGUGAUACCGGUCGCGAAAAGGCUCCUAAGCCAGCGGGCGGCAAGCGCACCACCAUCAAAGCGGCCAGAGACUACAGAGGCGGCGUAGAUAAUGCACGCGAACAGUCCGACAAUUCGAGGCGAGCUACCGAGCUUCUUCAGGGUCUGCGACCAACGGCAGUCAAGACGAUUGUAACUCCGUCGAGUGAAGGCCAGCUGGAACCAGGUCUAGUGGGUAGCAGAAAAGAUGGUAUCUUGGGCUUAGGGUAG